UUGCAGCCCACCCCACCCACAGUAAAGGUGGGCUUGCGGCUCCUGCAGCUUCUCUUUCUGUCCUGUUAGCUGGCUUGUUCUGCAUGGUGCCGGCUGUGGUCCCCAGCCACCCAGAUGGCAUCCGAGGCACUCUGUAAAGUGGGGGAUGGGGAGGAGAACACACUGAAGAAGGAAAACCUCAAUGUUAUGAAUGCGUUUGAUCAACUGCCAAAGCCCUUUCCAAACCCCAAGUUUAUGAACCGGACCAUCGCUACCAAAGGAUGCCCACUUUCCUCAACUGGCAAUUUGGCUAACUUGUCGGAGGCAGAUUCUAUCGAUCUCAUGAAGCCGAUGCUAGUGGAAGACUCCGAGUACAGCUCCAAUGACACCAGGAUUUCCCCCAUCUCAUCCACCUUGUUGAACCCUGUCAAAUUGGCCGUGACCCAGCCCAACAGCAGCUUCUUUGCUGGACUGCUGGAGGGUGAACUGAACAAACUCACCUUUCCCUCAACAGCCAAUAACAAAGCCAAGGAGGGGGCCCUGGCCCUUUGCCCCUGCCCAUCUACAACCCAAAUGGUCUCCGGGGGCCUGGCGGACCUUGAGAAAUCCAAAAUAGAUAAACACACCUCCUCCACUCACUCGGAAUCCUCCAUGGUCGUGGAUGUGCCCGAGCCUCCCUUUAUCUGCGAACAUACCGUCAGCGAUUCCACAGUAGUGAUUUCCUGGAUCUAUGCCUUGGGCAAGCACCAGGUCAGUUUCUACCAAGUCCGGUUACAGGAGGUGACCAAGACGAAAGACAAUGAGUCGCCCAGGGCAAAAAACCGGUCCUGGAUCUUCAACGAGAUCUCGGGUACCACUGUCAAGCUGAUGGACCUGAAGCCUAACACGAACUACUGCCUCACCAUCUGUGCAGCCAACACAGCUGGGGAGGGGAAGUGGUGUAAGCCCUACAAAUUUGCAAUCGUGGCCAGGGACUUAAGCAGCUUUCCUGAGCGCAGCCCUAUCCAGAUCACUGUGAGGCGCAGGGAGCCCCGGCGGAAGACUGUGUGCAUGGGGCCAGAGGACAUGAGGAAGCUGGAGGAUCUGGAACACCUAUCUCCCUACUAGCAGAGGGCCCAGGACACUGCUUGUCUGCCAUCAGCCUUAGCCCUCAGGCAUCAGAACCUUGCUGGAGAACCACUGGCUACCCUGACAGCUCAGGGCCUGGCGGUACUGGUACCAGAAUGUCACCCCUGGGCCAGGGCCAAAUUCACCCGGAGACACUGCAGCUCCCCAGCCCCAUUAAAGGACUACAGGUCAUCCAACACCCCUAAGUUCUGCUUCCUGCU